CAAAUUCCAGUUAUAUUAUAUAAAUCGCCAUAUUUGAUCACUGUUUAUAUGCAGCGAAAGCCCUGCGAAACUACUGUGAACUGUGCAUAACGUUAGCACAAAUUUCUAAAUUCAUAUUUGAUAGUUAACUACAGUUGAAUCGUGCGAAUGCCCGUUGCCUGCUGUUGAUGAGCUAAUUGGCUUAAUGCUGGACACGUACUUGUAAAAUCGAAACAUCGGACCUCACACAUGUUCAGAAAACAUGUCCACGCAAAGGAACGAUUCAGUUUUAGCCUCACUGCUGUGUACAGCAGUAAACAACACGGACGUCAGGAGCGUGGAGGUCUUGCUGCUGCAGGGCGCCAGCCCUAACACGGUUCUAGAGGAGGGUCUUGCGGCCGUCCACAUUGCCGCAGGUAAAGAGUCUGAGAAAGGACUUCGGUGCCUCAGACUCAUUCUGCAACAUGGUGCCGAGCCGAACCUCAGGUCUGUUGAGGGUCUAACACCAUUACAUAUUGCUGCAUCAUGGGGUUGUUAUCAGAACCUCAAAUUACUUCUGAAAAAUGGUGGAAACCCUAGUAUAAAAGACCAAGAGGGAAACAAACCUGCUGAUCUGGCAGAGCAAGAGGAGAACAGCAGGUGUGCAAGCAUUCUCCGGGAGCACGAGUCUCAGGCCCUGCCCCUGGAUUGCCAAGACAUUCCCAAAUUCCAGUACUCACUCUACUCGGACUGCUCUCCGAGGGACAGCACCAUAGACUCUGUGUCCAUGCUCAGUGACUUCGGGGACGAGGUGUUCAGCAGCACACGGCAUUCUUCUUUAUUCCACAUGCCUGGGAUCCCCAGCGAAUACCACUGGGCCAGAUGCGCUCAUGAGUCCUGGCUGUCUGAGGUGUCUGGUGUCAGCGAGAGAAACGGUGAUAUGGUGGGUAGAGGUGGAAUGGGUGAUGCAGUGCUCUCCAGCACUCGGCUCUCAGUGUUAGACGUCAAAAAGAGUCCAGAGGUUGCGUCCGUGUGCAAAGAUAGGGAGUUUAUCCCACGUUCAAAGCACUCUGCUCCGUUUUUCCCUCUAAGCCGGAAGAGUGUAUCCUUCAGGGAUUCCAAUGAGUAUUUUCCAGCUUCCCUGUGGAACAUCCCAGCUGAGAGACAGGAUCCCUGUGAUAUGACAGUUGAUUUCUCCCAGUACCCAGAUUUCCUAGACUCAGAGCGCAUGGCCACAGUGCUACAAAACCAGGGAAUUGACGUCACCUCUCCAGAUGACGUGUUCGUGUUUUGCCGAGAGACCAAAAUGCCCGAGGAUGAAUUUGAGAAAACUGUAAUUGGACUUGGAGCAGCAAGCAUGGUGGAAGAUGAUGUUUUUGCUGAUGAAGAUGAUGAGCAGAAAGGCGACUCUCACGCCCCUGUCAGCAGUAGCAGUGGGUCCAGCCAGUACAGCAGCUGUGACAGCAACCCGUACAAGAGUGCAGUUGAAGCCCCACUAACUACUGGAAACUUCUCACCCUUGGAGAAAGACAAAGGAAUGAUCUGGAGAAACGGAUGUGAUGGAGAUCAGAGUAAACCCAUUACCAAUGUUGGAGCAACCACAGAAAGUACAGACUCUAAUAACACUAAGAUGGAAAGCUUUGAAUCGGCCACUGAUGGAGGCACCAGGCUGAUGAACGAGUCCAAGUAUCAUGGUGAGCCUUGCGUAGGGCCCAUGCCGAACUGCACUCUGGAGGCUGCCGAGGUGCUGCGUGAGACUCACUUCACCACGAGUCCUUUUGUGACUGGUAGGACUCGUUCGAGACUCAGUCGCUGCUCCCAAAGAAUCAGCAACUGUUCCCAGUCCUUGCUACACACCUCGUCUCUGUUCGAACAGACGCUGCCUACACCAAUACGGAUGCGUCGCAACACGGUGAAAUCACCGCGUGUCACGUGCGAUGCAGAUGAGAGCUCCCGACCGCCUGGCGAAGACAGCAGUGUGGAAGACCUACGCUCCCACCUGCUACGACUUGGGGUGUCUUCAAACCAGAGCUCAGAUGACUAUGGGAGCCAAGCAGAUACACUGAUUAUAUCCAGGAGCAUGGCAGACACAGUAAUCAUGUCUAGAAGUGCUGCUGACAAGAGCUUAGAAGGUGUCAGUAACAGUUUGACAGAAACCUCAGAAAACUCUACCAAGGAAACUACUUCAGUUUUUGAUGAUGAGAAACAAAUUUUCACCUCAGAUAGGACCACAUCAAGUGAAAGUUCAGCAGUGCUAAAAAACAGCGCAACUCAGAUAUCACAAAGAAGAACUUGUGCUUUGAAAGAAAAUGAAGAUGGCCUGAAUUCUCAGGAAGAGUCUUGUCCAAGCCAGGCAAGUCUUGAGUCGACCUCCAGCUGCAGUUCUGAGUGCUCUUUGCCUCCGGGAAACCUACUCAACACCCCUUCCUCAGGCUGCACACCCAGAUACAGCAUGAGUCGAUUCUACAGCCAUUCCCCACCCCAGACACUGGCGAACCUGUCCUACACACCUGGUGGACGCCCCCACAUCACGGACGUAGACGAGCCUGUGGAAUACCUCUACACCGACACGGAAGAAGGGCACAAGCUGAUCGAAACACACGUUCCACCCACCUCCAAUGCAUCCCUGAGCUCCAGCCUCCUGACCUCCACCAGCGACGACACUGUGCUCUAUGACUGGCGCUCUCUGCAGUCAGUGGCCACCAGUCCGGAGAAAGGCAAGGAGAACCACAGCCCUGGUGGGGAGGAUGCUGUGGAUACCAGAGGGCUGACAGAUCAAGAGCUCAGGCACAGGCUUCAGGACCUGGGAGAGGAACCAGGGCCCAUCAGCACACACACGCGUCCUCUGUACAUUCAGAAAUUAAGAUCCCUUCAGAAGAUGGCCAUGCUCCAACAACCCAUCCGGACCAGCUUAUCUGCAUUCCCUGAUUAUAGCGCAGAGCUCAAUAAAGCACUCCGCACGUUUCAUCUGCCUGAUUGCAAGGCGGACGAGUUUACGCUGUGCGAGCAGUUUGAUCAACCCGAUCAAAACAAGCACUGGCGCGAAGGCAUUAUAAAGUCCAGUUUUAACUACCUGCUUCUUGAUCCCAGGGUGACAAGGAACCUUCCGUACCGCAGUCAGUGCAUGAGUGCCCUGGAAUGCUUCCAAACUUUUGUCAGUGCCAUCUUUUACAUUGGGAAAGGCAAGCGCUCCAGACCUUACAGCCACCUGUACGAAGCCCUGGAAUAUUUCAGAGGAGACAAGACAUCCAAGAAACUCUGCUCGAAGGUGCAGCACAUCCUGCAGGUGUGGAACUGCAGCCUGGGCGUGGUCUCCUUGCACUGCUUUCAGAAUGUCAUCCCUGUGGAGGCGUACACACGCGAGGCCUGCAUGGUGGACGCCAUCGGCCUAAAGAUGCUGACAAAUCAGAAGCGAGGAGACUAUUAUGGGGUGGUCUCCACAUGGCCAGUGAAGAGGAAGCGGGAGCUGGGCGUGCACCUGCUCUACAGAGCCAUGCAGAUCUUCCUGGCCGAGGGUGAGAGGCAGCUCAGGCCGACUGACAUCAGGCUGGCACGGUGAGCUGCGGGCCACAGGACGAGCUCCGUCACCAGACACCGCGACUUGACAAAUCCCACAAAUGUGUGUGCAGCCCGGUUGAACAUACAGGGCAUGUGCUCAUGGUGGGGAAUGUGAAUGCUUGUGGAGUGUUAUGGAGCCAUGCUGCUCACUGGCACUCCGUCAGCCUGUUUAGUUAUGCUGGGCUAGUUGUACUCCUGGAUGGAAUGCACUACAGCACUGUUUUGGUUUUUUUUGCUUAGGAUUGUCAUAAUGAUUAAUGUACAGAAGACAGUGCAGCCCUGUGCAAAAAACACAUAUGCAAGCUUUUUUUUUUUUUUUUCUCCUUUUUAAGAUUUCACAACGCUUAAUUAAAACUACCACUGGGAGUUGGCGGCACAGACUCUUCUAUUGUGAUUUUUAAUGUGUAGCAUUUAGGGAAAGUCUCACACACAAACAAAAACAACAAAAAAUUACAUUCAGGCCCUGGUAAAGCUGCAUUUCAACAGUGUUUUAAAACCUAAAGCACUAAACAUAGCCAGCAUUAUCUAUACUUCUAACCUUCAUAAUGAUGAGCAGUCAAACAGUUUAUAGUAGUUUGUAUUAAAUUGUGUUUGCAAUUAAAAGCCAUUUGGAGUGGGUUUCUGUGCUGCUGUCAUAUAAAAUACACAGAAAUGCACAAAAUGUAAAUUAAUUAGAUUAUAAUUGUAGUUUUCCUUCACUGGAUUGGUAGCUGGAAAAAAAUCUAGUAUCUUUCUCAGCACAUGCAGGGGUUUUCUCAAACAGGGCUUCUUCAUGAGCUGAUAUGUUGAGUCAGGUGUGUUAAUUAGCUUAUGUAUCGAGUCAGGUGUAUUGUGUAAGGUGCAUUAAAAGCAGGGAAGACGAUGAGAUUUACAAUGUGCAGCAAGGUCAGGACCAGAACUGGGUAAUGCUCUUCAGUGUCCUGCUGUAAUUCCUAUAUAGUCCUGCUGUAUGAAUGUUAUUAGAGGCAAUCACUAGUCAUUUUGUUUAGAAAUGGGAAUAAUUCUGCCUCUCAAGCUCUUUAGGGAAGACCUUUUCUGUUUUUAUAAAUGUUAACUAGGACAUUGCCUUUUCUUGUUUUAAAGUUAACCUUUUUAGAAUUUGGUAAUAGUUUUUAUAUUGUCAUGGAAUUAUGAAAAAAAAAAUACAUUCAUAUAAAAGAGAAACUUGACUGUCUCUAACCUUUUUUAUUCAUGUAUAAAUAAAUGAAAUCUUUUUUCUGUCAUUCAUAAAUAUUAUGAGAUUGUCAGUAUAUUGUCAUCCUUUACAUCUAUACAUAUACACUUCUAUGUACCCAUCACAGUGGGUGUGUGCUGUCAAACACAUGGACGAAUAUAGAUUAAAAAACGUGUACUGGGUCUCAGCAAUAAACAAAUAUGAAUGAAGAAAGCAGUGGAA